AUGGCUUCUCUUAAUGAUGACUGGCGUCACGUGGGGUGUUAUUACUAUGAACGCGCCAAAACGCCUCUCAAGUUAGUCUUCUACAACGAGACUGAACGAAAUUCAAUCCGUCACUGUGUCCACGCAUGCAAGUGGGCUGGUUUGGCCUAUGCUGGCCUAGCCGAAGGCACGCUGUGUUAUUGCGAUCGUCAACUUCCUGUCUUUAUGCUUCCAGCCAAAGAGGAGGAUUCAAUACCCUGUCCCGCCACGUCUUCGUGGGAGACUUGCGGUGGAAAGAAUGCUAUUGAUAUAUACGCUACGGGGGUCGCGGAAGAUUUGACGUUUUCUGCUCCAAUUUUAUCUGACGCUAACCCGAUAGUAUCUCCUGGAGGAAUGGCCUCCAUUUCGGAUGAUUUUAACCACGUACGAGUAGUCUACGUUCUCGUUCUCACAGGUCGAAGCUGGAGACAAGUUCAAAGAAUGUUUCGACUGCUCUAUCAUACAUCUAAUUACUUUUAUAUUCAUGUUGAUCUGCUUGAAGAAGUCUUUCCGUAUAAUGUACACGUGACAUCAAAUCGUCUAAACCCCUUAUGGGGAGCGCCUAAACUUCUCGAUCUUAUUAUUACUAUUGUUCAGGAUCUCUUCGAAAAUUUCCCCCAUUGGAAAUGGGACUUUUUCAUCAAUCUGAGUGAGACUGACCUCCCUGUAAUUCCUGUUGGGAAGCUCAUACAGCUAUUGGGUUCUCAUCGUGGUCGGAUAUUCUUGCGACAAUCAAAUGAAGAGAUAUUUAAGUACAUACAUGCUGAAGGGCUUGGAUAUGCCUUCCUACAUUGUGGCGAUUACAUUUGGCGGGUGGGUCAACGUCCUCCCUUAGAAGGCAUUGUAAUUCAUGGGGGUUCAGAUUGGUUAAUUCUUCCGAGAGCGUUUGCCUACUACUCUGCAUAUUCUAAUGACAGUCUUGUUCGUGAACUACGAGCCUGGUUCCAGAAUGCUAUUCUUCCUGUGGAAACUUUCUUCCAUACUCUGGCUUAUAACUCGCAUUUCUGUGAUCGAAUUGUGAAUACCAAUCUCCGGCUGAUUAAUUGGCAACGACCAAGGGGCUGUUCAUGCAAGAAAACCAGUGUUGCCGACUGGUGUGGUUGUUCCCCAUCCGUAUUCUCUGGUCCACAGGCUAUGAUCGGGCUUCUUGAUGUCCUCAACAUGGAUAGUAACCCAGUUGCAUUUGCUAGGAAAUUUGACUCAACCAUUGACGUUGCUAUGGUGAAUUAUAUGGAGAGGAAAUUGCUGAAACGUCAGCUGCCAUUUUAUGAGGGCACAGACUUGUAUAUGGAGUCGGUUUACUCGUCCCAAUUUGAUGGACAGAGGGCACCCUUGCAUGUACUAGAAGGAAUUAGAAGGUUGCUUCAAAUGGGAUGCAGUUUGCAUUCAAAAGCGUUAGCAAAUGUGUGCAAUGAUUCCAAUAAGAUCGACCCACGGUUACAACCGACAGAGGUCUAUGCAUUGUUCAACGCUAGCCAAUCUCUCGGUAAGCUGAACUACACCAGCAUUGAGGACCACUUCGCUGUGGAUGGUUUCCUACCCACUUCUCUCCUCACCACUCCUCUACCUCUUCGCCUGCUUAACCACCCGAGCCUGGUUCUGCGCUUUUCAGACAAAGAGGUGCUUUACCGACCACAUGGCACUCAAGUACAAAAUUGGAUAUCAUCUCGGCCACUCGAGGAUAUUAAACCUGGCGAGAUUUACUACUUCGAGGUUGGUUCUAAUUUCGAUGCCAAAGAAAUGAUUUUCCGCAAUUACCUCCGAUUUCCACCUCGCCUCCGUCCUGCCACAUCUCCCCUCACCAUUCUUGUGAUUUGGCGAGUUUCAAAAACUCCGCCUUCCCCUCUUAGCAUCACCCUCCAUUCUUUAACAGGGGAUUCAUCUAUCUGCAACUUUAAGCUCCCGCGAAAUAUUCAAAAGGAUCCCUUAUAUCCAGGUCUUCCCGAUUUUAGGUCCUCUUUUCUAGAAUUGAAUUUUUCCUCAUGCACUUUUCCCCAAAGCCGCAAUGUUUCAUUCGAGCUUUUUGUAAAUGGGCACGUCGAAAAUGGCACUGCUAUAUCAACGAUAUUUCGCGAAUACUUGGAGGUGGACAAAUUGUGGAAAGCAGUGGACAUCUGUGAGGCAGGCGAGUGUGCGUUGAAAGUCUGGAGUGCAUCACGAGUGGAUCGAAAAUCGGCUCUUGGGUGCUUGGAUGCUAGAACAGGACUUUUACAUGUUGGAAACACAGCUACUGAUUUACUUGAUUUUCCUAUUUGA